GAGGAGCUGCACGGGGGGGACGCGGUUUUAAACUAAAACACGCAAACACGGCGGACGCGGACAGAGCGCCGUGCUCGGGAUUCAGAGGGACUGUCUCCAUCGGGUGCUGUGCGUGAGUCUCGCCAUGUUACGUUCACGCAGAUGGCUGGGAUGAUGUGCGCAGGGAUGUCUCCCCCAGCGUGGACAAACAGGGCGUCUGCUACAAUGAAGGAGCUGCUUCCUUUCUGUUUUCAACACGGGCCACCCAGCAUCACUGCAACGCUCUCCAUGGACAACCGGAGCAGUCUUAACAUCCACCGCUCAUAUGAAGAGUAUUGCGCACUGCAGUGAAACCUGUAUACCGCCUUUUUUGUUGUUUUUGUUUUUUUGAGUUUUUUUUUUUUUUUUAGCUGGAGGGGGUGAAUAUAUUACCUAAUCAACUGGGAAGAAAUUCCUGGUCUUCAACCUGCACAUACACUCCAGAGUCUUGGUGCAUAGUCAAUGUAAAGAGCAUCAUCCAAGUGGUGAGAGCCACUCUUAAAGAGGGAACAGAUGAGAGGCAAACAAUAUCAUCAACCACUGAAGUUGACAGCACCUUGGGAGAAGGAUGCUGGCUUUGGACGGAAGCUCAAAACCUACAGGAAUCAUACCAAGAUAAUAGCACAGCCGGGGAUCGUGAUGAAAGUGCUCCGCAGAAAGAGGAUUGUGUUAUUUAUGGCCUAUUUCUUACUGCUGGUCCUCACCAUGCUCAAUUUGGCUAAUUAUAAAUGGACUAAAGAGCCCCAGCAGUGCAACCAUCAGAUGAGGAGCACCUCCUAUCAGAGCAGAUCUGACAUUCGCUUCCUUUACAGGCCCUCUCUGGCCAAAAAGAGACAGCUUAUCUACGUUCUGACCACUUGGAGGUCAGGCUCCUCCUUUUUUGGGGAGCUCUUUAACCAAAAUCCUGAAGUGUUCUUCUUGUAUGAGCCAAUGUGGCAUAUUUGGCAGAAACUGUACCCGGGGGAUGCAGUGUCUUUGCAGGGGGCGGCCAGAGACAUGCUGAGCUCCCUGUACCGCUGUGAUCUGUCCGUUUUCCAACUCUACAACAGCCCCGGAGGCAAGAACUUUACCUCCUUGGGAUUAUUUGGAGCCACCUUGAAUAAAGUGGUCUGCUCCUAUCCCCUCUGCUCAGCCUACAGGAAGGAUGUGGUGGGGAUGGUGGACGAUAAGGUCUGUAAAAAAUGCCCCCCUCAAAGCCUUAGACUGUUGGAGGAGGAGUGCCUGAAAUAUAGCACCAUAGUCAUUAAAGGAGUACGCAUUUUGGACGUGAACGUCCUGGCCCCUCUCAUGGAGGAUCCGUCCCUGGAUUUGAAGGUGAUACACUUGGUGAGAGACCCGCGGGCCGUCGCCAACUCCAGGAUCAAAUCCAGACACGGCCUCAUACGGGAGAACUUACAGGUGGUCCGCAGCAGGGACCCCAAGCUUCGCAGGAUACCGUUUGUGGAUCCCGGUCACAAAGCCAACAAGAAGGAUGGCUCAGAUUAUCACUCCAUCGGAGCCAUGGAGGUGAUUUGUGACCGCACCUCCAGGACUUUGAGGAGUGCCUUAAGCCCACCCAGCUGGCUGAAGGGAAAGUACAUGGCCGUACGGUACGAGGACCUGGUGGAAAACCCGGUGAAGACCCUGAGGAACAUCUACCGCUUCUCCAACCUCACCUCCAACCACGACAUCGAGUCGUUUGCGCUGAACAUGACCAGCGGCUCCAGUUCCUCGUCCAAGCCGUUCAUCGUCUCCUCCAGGAAUGCCACACAAGCUGCGAGUGCGUGGAGAACAGUUCUGAGCAUUCAGCAGAUCAAACAAGUGGAAGACUACUGCCACCACGCCAUGUCUGUUCUAGGGUACGAACGAGUGAGAACGGCUGUGGAGGCGAAGGACUUGAGCAAAUCACUACUGACACGCUCCAGACUGUGAGGAGAAAACAAACAAACCCCGUCACCACCAAAGACAUUUUAAUUUAACGUUCAUUCUGCUUUGAGUGCCGUUUCCUCUUAAACGUGGAAUUAAAGCUUUACUUUAAGAUGUUCAAGGAGCUCCGCUGGCCACAUUUGGAAUGUAUCACGUCUCCUUGAGUCGAGCUGCCGUUGCAUUUGAAGGGACGACUUCUUUUGUACCGCAACACUGGAUGGCUUUGACAGUGCAGGGCCUGAGAAGAAUGACUUGAUUAGUUAAGCUGCAACUAUGGGGGGGUGGAAAAAAUAAUGAAACAACUGUAUAAUUCAUGUAUCUUGUUAUGAUGACACUACAAAAUGGAUGUUUUGGGAUUAUUUUUGAAUGUUAAAACUUUUUUCAGUCUCCAUACUGUCUGUAUAAGUGAAAAUAGUGGAUAAAAGAAAAAAGACAACAGAUGAAAAAAAAAAAGUUCAUUGCUAGUGUUUAUUUUUCAGAUCUGGUUGAAGUUAUAGACAAUCAAUGAAUUGAUUUGUUGAUGUGCCAUAGUUCCAGGUGUCAUCAGAACAGCAGUAGUGCUAUUUCUAGAUUUAAAGACAUACAAAAAAACAGUGGGGUGGGGGAUUUUUUUUCCUUCCUAUGUUAGUUUUUUUUUUACAUUUUUUAAAUUUUAUUUGUUCACCAAGUCCUUGUGGGAUGAUAUCAUGCACUGUGGACGUGUCAUAAGGCUGGAAAGUCUCUCGGUGUCAGUGUGAGCAGUCUGUCCUACCAUUUAAAAUGUUUACAAAUACAAUUGCUUGCUAUUAUGGAAGAAAAAAAUCAAACAUGAUCUGAGAAUAUUGCAUUGAGUAAAAGUUCACAGUAAACAAGAGCGUUUAUGCAUUUUUGUUGAGCAA